AUGGCGAUGCAAUCUCUCGUGUUUCUCUUGGUAGCAAUAAACUAUUUCACUGUGGGUAGUACUGCUGUUCCAUUGCCCGGUAACGGUGUACUUCAACCAUCAUUGAAUUAUCAACGCUACCGACAACAUGAAUACAAAAAGUAUCUGCCGUAUUAUCAAUGGUGGUAUUAUUGGAUUCGUGACAACAAUAACGAUCGUCAUUAUGCAAUAGCAUAUGGUACGACAUUGUGCAAACAUACGGAUACAAAAGUUUGUAUGUAUGAUGGCGCUGCUGUGGGCUUUUCAGUCGUGGAUAAUAAACGAAAUUUUCGAAUGCAAAAGUAUGAAUUCUACGAUAGAAAUGCAUUUUCGGUCGAAGGCAUAUUUAAUUAUAAGAUUCAUGCGAAUACCAAUCGAACAAUACAUGAAAUUCUUCCCAUCGACGAUAACACCUUUCGAAUCAGUGGUAAUAUGUCAAAAGAUACGAUCGACAACGUCUGGUUUUGCGAUGGUUGUCCAAAAGAUUUAGAAAUCCAAUGGGAUUUAACAUUAUCUCGAAUCUACGGUUGGUAUGCACAGGAUAUAUUCGAAGAACCCGAUAGAGUCUUAGAAGGCGUCAUCAUGUGGGACACGUACUCUCAUACGGCGGAAGUCGAAGGAUUUGUCAAAAUUAAAGGUGAAGAAUUCACUAUUACGAAAGAUGCUGGUUUCCGCGCUUAUGGUGAUUCAAAUUGGGGUGAAAUCAUGCCAUCAUCUCCACCAAAACAAAAACCAAACGCAAAAUACGCUUGGGGAUGGUACUACGUAAAUAUUCCAUCGAAUAAUCAGUCUCAAGAAUUUAGCAUCAUUGCUGGUACUGGCUUAACUUAUGCUGAUGCGCUUUUGAAAACAAUGGAUGCGCGUUUCAGUGAUAUUCGUCUCGAUGCCACAACGCACAUCGAGUUGAGAUCAGUAACCGUUUGGAAUAUCACAUUAGAUUCGUGUAAUGACGGGAAAUUACAUCGAUUCGAUGUUGAACGUAGUAAUUGGGUGAAUGUCACUGAUUCGUUUGGCAAUGCUACUAUACCAUUGAGACAAUUGGUAACUAUGGAAAGUGAUAAUUAUUUGAUUACAAUGGAUUUCAAGAGUUUGGAAACGAAUUAUAAUCGAUUGUUAUUCGCUUUUAUGGAUUAUGUAUUUUCUGACUUUGAAGGUUUAGGUGUAUCGACGGAUGUGGUGAUCAUCGAAAAAGUGACCGGGAAGGUUCUACGAAAUGAAACAGUGAAAAGUGGUGGUGUGGAAUAUGGUUAUCGUUUUGACAUAAACGUACCGCCUGUGCCUUCAAAAUAUCUUUAA